CGAUAUGUUCAGGAUAUGCUUCUCGAAAUUCUUCCAUGCAGAGGCGAGUCGAAUACGUCCAAACCCCGUUUUCGUGUUUACUUCCAUUACAGAAAUAGGACUGCAAAAGCAGAUUAUUUUUUUCCAAAGAUAUCUGUGACCAGUGAAUGUUCAGACGGACAAACGGCACGGAUUACUUCAAACUUACAACCUACAAGUAGUAUGGCUGUAAGUCGUGUACCAAGUCCACCUCCUCAAGAAGUUAACACUCCAGUUGCGGAAAAUUGGUGUUACACACAGGUGAAAGUGGUGAAGUUUAGUUAUAUGUGGACGAUAAAUAAUUUUAGUUUUUGCCGGGAAGAAAUGGGCGAAGUAUUAAAGUCUUCAACUUUUUCCGCUGGUGCGAAUGAUAAACUUAAAUGGUGUUUGCGAGUAAAUCCCAAAGGCUUGGAUGAAGAAAGCAAAGACUACCUUUCACUUUAUUUACUCCUCGUCUCUUGUAAUAAGAGUGAAGUUAGAGCCAAAUUUAAAUUUAGUAUAUUAAAUGCCAAAAGAGAGGAGACGAAAGCCAUGGAAAGUCAAAGAGCUUACCGAUUUGUCCAGGGAAAGGAUUGGGGAUUUAAGAAGUUUAUUCGUAGAGAUUUUUUGUUAGAUGAAGCCAACGGUCUACUUCCAGAUGAUAAAUUAACCAUAUUUUGUGAGGUUAGUGUAGUGGCAGAUAGUGUAAAUAUAUCGGGUCAGUCCAAUACAAUACAGUUCAAAGUUCCGGAAUGUCGUUUAUCUGAUGAUUUGGGACUAUUGUUUGAAAACCAAAAAUUUAGUGAUGUAACUCUCUCGGUAGCGGGAAGGGAAUUUCAAGCUCACAAAGCAAUUUUAGCAGCUCGUAGUCCAGUUUUCCAAGCGAUGUUCGAACAUGAAAUGGAAGAAAGAAAGCAUAAUCGUGUAGAUAUAACCGAUGUAGAUCACGAAGUAUUAAGAGAAAUGUUACGUUUUAUAUAUACGGGAAAAGCAUCCAAUUUAGAAAAAAUGGCAGACGAUUUAUUAGCUGCUGCAGAUAAAUAUGCAUUAGAAAGGCUGAAAGUAAUGUGCGAAGAAGCAUUAUGUACAAAUUUGUCAAUAGAAAAUGCCGCAGAAAUACUUAUUCUUGCAGAUUUACAUAGUGCAGACCAGUUGAAAGCUCAAGCCAUAGAUUUUAUUAAUACGCAUGCCACAGAUGUUAUGGAUACUCCCGGCUGGAAAUCCAUGAUCCAAACUCAUCCACAUUUGAUAGCGGAAGCAUUUCGUGCUCUAGCGACACAACAAAUACCCCCUAUAGGACCACCACGGAAGCGUGUGAAACAAAGUUAACAUCAAUGUGUCGGUGGUAUAGACUGCUGUUAAUGUGUUCAAAUAAGAUACUAAAGAAACACUCGUUCAAUCAUAUUUGAUUGUACCCUAAAUAUUUGCUGAUAUUCUCAGUAGUAGAGUAAAUAAUAAUAUUUGAAAGUUGUUUGGCUCAGUGAAACGAAAUUUGAAAUUUUUGUACAGCUAAGAUCAUUUACUUGUAUUUUAUAUUUAUAUUUAUCCGACGUAAGAAUAUGGAAAAUCACUGUGCCAUUUAACAGAAUUGUGAUAUGAUUAUCGAUAGUUUGUUCCUACAAUAUAAAUUUUUCAACCUGAUACAAAAUUAGUUUUUAGUUAGCGAUCUCGUGUAAUAAUUCAACAAGUAAUACAAUAGUAGGGUUGAUAGAUUUCCUUUAAAUAAUCAAUUUGUGUACAUAAUGUGUGUUAGACUAAUAUAGCUUAAAUUAUAAUGGGAGUUUUGUGUUGUAAUAUGUGUGAAUUUAUACGAGAAGCACAAUGAAUGUAUUGACAAUGUGAAGCAUAAUUCGAUUUCAAAAUUUAAUUUGUUUUAUAAUUUAAAUUUUGACUAACGUGUAUUUAUUUAGCAAACGCAUAUGCUUCAACAUAGAUCAUGUUCAGUAAGGGAGAUAAAUUGGCAUUUCUAAAAUAAUUCCUUUGUUUAUCCAAUUUUGUCCUAAGAUGUUAUUUGAUAUUAUCAUUUCUUUCUGUACCAUACUGUAUACUACACUAAGGCUUUUGUAAGACGUGCAGCAGUAUCGAAAUUUACAAUGAAGACGACACUACUAACCUGUACGUUACUGAUUUGGCUGCAGUUUUUAGUGUAAAUAUUUAUUUAUCGAUCGAUUCGAAAAAAAUUACUUGAAUAUUGCUCCUGAAGUGAAAUACAAUUUUAAAUCAUAUUGAUUGUUCUAAAGUGUUAAGAACUAUGAAUAAGUGUAUGUGAUGAAAUGGUCUUUAGAUGUAGUUUACGUCAAAAGCUAAGGUAAACUAAAAUUAUAACAAAGAACAAAUUUUCCGACUAUAAAAAUCAGUUCUUUUAUGUUUGCGGUUUCUUGCAUUAGGGUAAAAUCGAUACGCAAUAAAUAUUAGUUUAUCUUAGGUGGCUACUCAUUUAUGGCUGUUUAAGAGUAUUGUAUAUGCAUUGUUCAUAAAAUGAAUUGAUUGUUAAAAUGCAGAUAGUACUUUCUUAAAAAUAAUAGACAAUUUUAUUAAU